AUGGUGGCCCGCGGGGGGCUGAGCCGGGCUGGGGCCGCGCUGCCUCCCGCGCUGCGCUGCACUCCGCGUUCGCCUAUUGAUCUGCUCGGCGGCAGCGGCGGCGGCGGCGGCGGCGGCGGCAAGGAGCCAGCCAGGCUCCGGGGCUGCGCCGCGCUCUGUACAGGAGGCAAGAGCCAGCAGGCCCCCUUCCUAUACCCUCCUGGCCCAGCCCCACGGUGCCCGCGCGUGCCCGUCUUUGGGGGCGCCUCUGUAGCCCUGUCUCCCCGCCGAGGCCCAUCUUCUGUCCUUCCCUUCCAGGCCCGAGUCCCCCGGCUCCAGUGCAGACCCGCGAUCCCUCCGCUUCCUGCAGACGCCGCGGCGCACGCUCCCACCGCUCCCUCCCCCCGCGCUCGGGUUACAGCAGCCGCGUGGACGCCCGAGUGCGUGGCCUGGUGUCCGCACCGGGAGGGAUAUGUAUUUGGCGAGGAAUGCAGACCUCAGUACCCAGGAAGCGCGGGCCGGUGGCCUCCAGAGCCGCCCCCGGAACAGGCUGCCGCUCCCCACCAGCUGCCGGGGCCUCGGAGCCCCUCCCUGCGUGCAGAGAAGCGACGGGAAAACUUUGGGAGAAACUUUGCCAACUUUACUCUCGUUUACCUGCAUGAGUUCACAGACCAGCGUUCUGCUUUGUUGCCAUCCACGCUGUUAGGAAAUUUCAGAUUCUUCAAGGCCAACAGGAGUUGGAAGGAGGCCUCGUUUCAUAAGCUUCCUGGUCUGCUGAUGGCUGGCACCAAGGUCAAGAUGUGAUGGUACAGAGCAGAGACCACCCUCCCCAAACCCACAGCUUGCAAAGUGAACUCCAAAGACCACGUCAGUCCAUUUAUCAAGCUAGAGUUUUGUUUUUCUAAGACAAAAUGGUAUCCUGGUCUAACACCUGCAUAUUUUGAUCAUCUUGCAUAGUUUUUUUGGUUGUUAUUUUUUGGAUUUUUUUUUUUUUUUUGCUGUUUUUUGUGUUGUUUUAAAAUUCU